ACGACGCAGCGGUUUGUGUGAGUGAGUGAGUGAGCAGCAGCAGAGGGGCAGAGAUAAAUUUUCAGCUGUUUUCACCUCAUUGGCAAACUUUGCUCCGACUUGUGUGGCGUGCAGGAAGUGUUUAAAAUUUUGGAUUUCGGCUGAAACUUAGUGUUAUCACCAACCAACCGCAGCUGGCAACCCUGACAGGGCAAUAAGUGCAACUUUCAGUAGUACUGGUGCUCACUCUCACUCACUCUCUGUGCCUGUUUGUGAGAGCGAGUGCUGGUGUGGUAGUGGUUUUGUUGUUAUUGUUUGCUACACAGCCAGCAACUCCUCGUGACACCACUGUCGUCGUAUAGAGCUGCUGUUGCUGUUGCUGCUGCGUCGAGGUGCGUGCGAGAGGAAAUAUCGGUACUGCUUCAAGGCGAACCCCCGUGUAUUCGAAUCGAACAACAAAAUUGGUGCACAACCGAGAGGAGCCAAUCGUCGUCGACGGCAACGAAGACGACAACGGCAGGGCAGGAGCAUAACAAUAACAUUCGAGUCGCAGUAGCUAAGAGCUAAGCUAGCAGCUAGCAACACACCACCAGCGAGCAGAGACAACCGAGCUCACGGUUUUGAGCUGUGGAAAAUAAACGCAGCGGUACGAUAUAAAUACACCAGCAGGGUGCCGCCACUGACCGGGCAAAAUGUCCUCCCCUAGUGCCGGCAAGCGUCGGAUGGACACCGACGUGAUCAAGCUGAUCGAGAGCAAGCAUGAGGUCACCAUUCUGGGCGGGCUGAAUGAGUUCUGCGUUAAAUUUUUCGGCCCCCGAGGGACACCGUAUGAGGGCGGCGUGUGGAAGGUGCGCGUUCACUUGCCCGAGCACUACCCGUUCAAGUCACCGAGUAUCGGCUUCAUGAACAAAAUCUACCACCCAAACAUCGACGAAGUGUCCGGCACGGUUUGCCUGGACGUGAUCAACCAGGCGUGGACGGCGCUGUACGAUCUGUCCAACAUUUUCGAAUCCUUCUUGCCCCAGCUGCUGACCUAUCCGAACCCAGUGGAUCCGCUGAACGGGGACGCGGCUGCCAUGUAUCUACACAAGCCCGAAGAGUACAAGAAAAAGGUGGCGGACUACGUGCGGCGGUACGCCACCGAGGAAGCCCUGCGCGAUCAAGAACCCACGGAAAGCUCCGACAGUGAGUCCAGCAUGUCCGAUUUCAGUGAAGACGAAGCGCAGGAUAUGGAGUUAUAACAACGGCUAGCCUCGAUAUUAACCAAUUACUAUUAUUAAAGAAAAAACAAACAUCCGUGCAGAAGAUUAAUAUGGUGAGAAAUGAAAUCUUUUUAUUAAAUUAAAUGUUUUACAUGUAGGUUCAUUCAUCUACACACAACUACAAACUCACACACGCCAUCGUAUCCGCAUAGACACACAUACACAUUCACACUCACACCGAGACACUAGUAACCAAAUAAGAGAACAAUAGGAAAAAUAUUAUGAACGAAAACUAGCGUAGCUAAGAUCUCUGCGCGAAUAGAAUUUAGAAAAAAAAACAGCAAUCUAAAAUACAGAUCAACUCACACCAGUUUGCUGUGAGUGGGAGCCAAAGUUUUGUUUCAUGUUCUCCCUUGCUUAUGUCCAGCUCAUUUCAAGUGUCAAAACACCACACGAACAAGCAAGCAAGCAAACCAAUACUAAUCUAUCUAUUUAGUACCGUGACCCGUUCACUAACGUCUCCCGACGCGUAUGUGUAUGUCAUUUCUCCGUGUGGUAGUAGAAUCGACCAAGCGUUCGUUUUCCUAUAAUUAAUUGCUCCUAGCCUAUUGCGAAACUCGUAGAUGCGCGCGCGUUUGUUCAACCUUUUGCCAAUAUAUUAUAUAUUUACCUAACUUUUGUGCGUAUCAACAACUUUGAUUGUGAAUGUUUGAGUUUAUUUUAUUUACAACCACUUAUACACACACACCAAGUCAAAGAUUAUAUGUACUAUUGUUUUUGGCCGCCUGCCCGAGGCGACGAAGAUGGUCUCAAUUUUGUUCUCUCUCUCUCACACACACGUGGUUCCCUGCCGAUCCUCUUCCUUUGUUCUUCGCAAACCCCAACACACAACCCAUACCGACCCCUCUUCUCCCGCCAGAAAGGGGCAGUAGACGUUGCGCGGCAGAAGGAGAUUGUUUAUUGAAUAAUUAAUAGUAGGGAAUAUUAAGAAGUAAUAAUUAUAUACUAAAAGUAAUGAUAAUAUAUAACAAAAAGUGGAGCGAUGAAAAGCAACAAAAAAAUGAGCGAAAAAUUGAAACAACAAAAAAAAACAAGAUAAUGGUGAAAAACAGUAGUGCUUAAGUCAUGUUUGUAAUUUCGAUGAAUGAUGAAAUUUUCUUUGGAAAAACAAAACAGAAGAAACAAAACACAGAAAAUCGCAUAUAUUUAAACAUACUAAUAAAACUGUGAGAGAAAAGUA